UAGGUAUGUAGGCACGAUAGGUACAGUGGUUAUACUUUCCCCUGGCGUCUAAAGAGACAAGGACCCUAGGCGCCACGAGCAGGCAACAUGGAUGGCGGAAGGUGUCUGGAAUGGGGGGGGGGGGGGUCCUCCAUCAAUUCAAACCAGUAGGUUCGAAGAUUCAAGCUGACACCCACAACAGGGUCAAUAGUUUCCUGGGCCGACCGACCGGCGAAGCUUCGGCAGUAGGAGAUUUAGGGUCAGAAAAGAGCGAGACACGGGCGCACCCCAGGAAGAAAGAGAAGGAAGACGAGAGGCUGACUACGAGGUGGGGGUCGUUUUACUCUCACAGCGGUGGGUGGGGGGGGAGGAACUGGCCGUCGGCGAACAAAAAGCGAACGAGGUGGUCGUACUGCACACUACGCCGUAAUUAGUGUACACGUGCGGAAGGACAUCAAGGGGCCACCAAGGAUACCUUCCCCUGUUGCAUAUACGUAGUAGUGGUCAAGAUCGAAGCCGGGGUGGGGGGAGGGAGGUUGA